AUGUUGGAGCAACACAAUGAAUACCAACGGUCCUCAAGAAUGCCGGCACCAACUGACGUUACUCCCACUGCAAACGAACUGUCCCAGAGUCAAAACAUACAAAAUAACAUAGAAACCCUACGGAACCCUGCUAAUCUUCAACAGCAAAUGCAAUAUCAGCAGAAACAACAGCAACAACAGCAACAGCCAGAACGAGGUGUUGACCAGCAACAACGACAAAACCCAUACUCAAACUCGACAAUCAACAACUUCAUGGCAAACUCACAGAUGAAAUUCCCCUUCCCAUACCCACUGGUAAAUACAACAAACUCAAACGUGAAUUCAACUGCAAUCCCAAAUGUAAAUACUCAGCAGCAAUUCACCUCUCCAAAUGAUUCAAAUAACAUAUUCAUAAAUGGAUCCUCCAAUAAUCUCAUAUCGGAGGAACCAAAAGAACAAACCACAUCAACAUCACAUCCACAUAUAAUUUCGCAUAGGCACACUUUAUCCAAAUUGGAAAAAUGUCCCAAAUCACAUCUACCAUAUUUAACAUUAAUACUUCCCUCUAAGACUACUCUGAAAAAGAAGGCACCUAAUACAUUUGCCAAAUUCCUUUUCGCUCAGGAUCCACAUUCUGAGAACCUGGUCUGUCAGUUCCAUACCAAGAGCAAACAUGCUUCAAGCACCACAUGCAAUAUGAUAUUAAAGAUGGGUAACAAUUCCAUCAGAAGGCGCACACAAGCACGUAAAUGCAGAGAUCAUCUCAAGAUGGAACAUGGAAUUCGAGUCACUCCUACCAACUUCCUGAAUUAUUUGGAUCAUGACUCAGAUGUGUUUAGGAGAUCGUAUACGGAUAAAGUAUUGGCCAUGAUUAAACCCCUGGUGGAAUCCUUUGCGGUAGAUUACGAUCUACAGAGAAUGAAGACGAUGCAAGCUUAUAGAGAGUUGGCGGAGUUGUUCAAUUUGGCGGGGAUCCCAAUAGAGAUCUUUGAACAUCCCUUGUUUAUGGUCUGGUUCAAGAGAUGGGUUAGUGAGAAUGAAUUAUUUACUCCUACGGUACAAACCCUUCUGCCCUUCGGGAUGGUUGAGAGCGUCAACAAGGAUGCAGAUGAGGAUGACAACGACAACAACCAAACACAUGUGACAUUGGAAGAUACGAAUGCAAUGUCAGAACGGGAUGCUCAAGAAGAUGAGGAGGAAGACCAUUCGGACGAUGACGAUGAUGAUGAUGACGACGACGAGGAAGAUGAAGAUGAGGAUGCCGAGGAAGAACUAAUCAAUGAUAAUUCAUUAUAG